AUGGCCGGGAAGACUGCAGAGCCGGCAACGGACACGCGGCCCAAUUUCUUGAUCAUCGUGGCUGAUGACUUGGGCUUCUCAGACGUGGGCGCAUUCGGAGGGGAGAUCAAGACGCCCAAUAUCGACAACAUUGCCGGGCUAGGCACCAUGAUUGAGGUCAUCAAGGAGUUCCAGGUCGGCCAGCCUGGUUACGAGGGAUACCUGAAUGAUCGAGUCGCGGCCUUGCCCGAGCUUCUUCGAGAUGCCGGCUACUUCACCCUGAUGUCGGGAAAAUGGCAUCUCGGCAUGACACCGGACCGCUAUCCAUCCAAGAGAGGAUUCGACCGGUCUUUCAGCCUUCUUCCCGGUGGUGCGAAUCACUACGGGUGGGAACCCCAGGUUGACGAGAAAGUGCCCGAUUUACUCAAGCGCAAUGGCCCCUUUUACGCUGAAGACGACAAGCCAAUCCCAGUGGAUGAGUUGGGGGAUGACUUCUACUCGUCCGAGUCCUUCACGUCGAAACUGUUGGAGUACUUUGACACCAGAGACGAGGGUCAAAAGGAGCAGCCGUUCUUCGCCUACCUCCCCUUCUCGGCGCCUCACUGGCCCCUACAAGCACCAGAGGAAGACCGUCGAGACUACAGAGGAGCAUACGACGAAGGGCCCGACGUGCUCAGACAGAGACGGCUGCGACGCCUGGAGGAACUCGGCAUCAUCUCGCCCGAGACCCAGGCUCACGAGGUCUUUGCGCUUCCGCUCGAUAAACCCCUGAGCAAAGAGUGGCGCAGCUUGACCGAGGACGAGAAGAAGUUCUCCUCUCGGACCAUGGAGGUCUUUGCGGCCAUGGUGCAGAACAUGGACCGAAAUAUUGGACGCGUCAUUUCCUACCUCAAAUCGACCGGCGAGUACGACAACACUUUGGUCAUCUUCAUGUCCGACAACGGCGCCGAGGGUCUGCUGCUGGAGGCGUAUCCCGUGGUCAAGGAGAAUAUUUUCGACCACAUCGAUCGAUAUUACGACAAUAGUUAUGAGAAUAUGGGGCGACACAACAGCUACAUCUGGUACGGACCACGCUGGGCAUCUGCAGCCAUGGCCCCGCUGAGACUCUACAAGUCCUUUUCGUCCGAGGGCGGGAUCCGCGUGCCGUUUAUCCUCAGGUAUCCGCCAUUAACGUCCGCCCGGGCUGGGGAGCUGGAUCGAUCUUUUGCGACCGUGAUGGACAUCGCCCCAACACUCCUACAGUUGGCAGGCACCCAGCAUCCUGGAACCACCUACAGAGGCCGGGCUGUUGUUCCCAUGCGGGGCACAUCCUGGGUUCCGUAUCUAUCAGACCCUGUGGUGCAACAAUAUAUCCACGGUGACGACUCGGUCAUGGGCUGGGAACUGUUCGACCGCCAGGCCCUCCGGAAGGGCAAGUGGAAAGCCGUCAUGAUCCCCAAGCCCUUUGGCCCUGGGACGUGGCAGCUGUACAACCUGGAGAGAGAUCCCGGCGAGACGGACGACCUGGGCACAAGACACCCCGACAAGCUGCAAGAGCUACUCAAACAUUGGGACGAGUAUUGCAAGGAGGUCGGCGUCGCUGGUGCAGCGCCGCAGUAUGGAGUGCUGAAGGUUGAUGAGGGCAAGGAUGCUCCCUGA